CAAAACUGCGUAAGCGUUCGGGUAUAAAUUCCAGAAAAUUUUCGAUGCAGUCGCGAUCACCUUAUAGCAUGACCCCCCGGUUCACCAUUCCUCUCAGUCAAGUAUCUUUGCAAACCCUCUACGACGCCCUCCAACCUUGUACCUCUCGUGACGCUACCUUCGUCAACUGGGCUCAAACGUUCGGAUGUAAACCACUGCUCGUGUUCGAACCCGAGGACGAAAAUCAAUGUGAAAUGAUAUUGGAACUCGCCAGGAGGGAGGGAAAGGUUGUUAGAGCAGCCGGCAUAGGACACAGUCCCAGCGACCUUGCUUGCACGAACGAGUUUUUAAUUCGCACCAAAAACUUGAACCGGGUGUUGAAGGUGGAUAUUGAUAAGAGGCGCGUCGUGGCCCAGGGCGGCAUCGCUCUCAGCGAUCUUCACGUGGAGCUUGAGAAACACGGUCUGGCGAUGAUAAAUCUUGGGUCCAUAUCCGACCAAACCUUGGCUGGAGUCAUCACCACUGCUACCCACGGAUCUGGCGUUGAAUAUGGCGUCUUGUCCACCCACGUUAUCUCCCUUGAUCUACUACUUCCGGACGGCUCCCGCGUGCACUGCUCACAACAAGAGAGACCGGAACUAUUCAUGGCAUCCCUUUGUGGUCUCGGCUCGACUGGGCUCCUGAUCAACAUCGAAAUUGAAGUAGAACCCGCUUUCCGUCUCAAGGAAUUCCACCAAUCUCGAACGUUUGAAGAUGCAAUGGGAAACUGGCAAGAGGUUGCCUAUUCUGGGGAACAUGUCCGGUUUUAUUGGUUCCCAGCUGCAGAUACCAUCAUGCAGAGAGUAGCAAAUCGCACACAAGAAGACAAGGUUUCGUGCUAUAGUUGGCUGUGGGACACCUUGUGUGGUUAUCAUGUCGUUCACUUCAUGCUGUUUCUGGGCCUGUUCUGGCCUUACAUGAGCUCUUUAGCCUCACGCUUCGCUUCUUGGUUGGCGAGUGCUGAUGCAAUGGAAAUUGACGAUAGUCAUCGGAUUUUCAACUUUGACUGCCUAUUUCUCCAACACACUACAGAAUGGGCGAUACCAAUCGAAAAUACAGAAGCCUGCCUUCGCGACCUCCGCAACUGGUGGAUGAAAGAACGGGAAGAUCCACACGGAAUGCGGCCGCAUUUCCCUGUAGAGAUCAGAUUCUCCGCUCCCGAUGAGAUAUGGUUGAGUCCCAGCAACGGACGUCAGACAUGUUGGAUUGGGAUCGUUCAUUACAAACCUUACGGAAUCGACGUUCCCUAUAGAAAACUGUUUUCUGGCUUUGAGCACAUUUUAACAUCGCAUCAAGGACGUCCGCACUGGGCUAAAGCUCAUCGGCUCCAACCUGAAGACCUUCGUAAGCGUUAUUCACGCUUUGACGACUUCGUUCGCGUAUUGGAGGAAGUGGAUCCCAAAGGAAUGUUCCGCAAUGACUAUAUCAAACGCCACAUCUUCGGACAACCUACAGACAGUCGAGUGCAUCAAUUAUGA